AUGAAAAAUCAAGUAACGAAAAUAGCAACAUAUGAAAUUAGUAAAUUUGCCGAUUGGGCUGAUGAGGGAUUUAAUACGUUCACUGGACCACUUCCUGAACCGGAUCGUCAUGUGUUCCGAUACCAUGGUCUUGGUUGGAUUCAUAUACUCUCAGAUGGCUCAUCGUAUCCACCCCGCUGGGAUUGGAGGGAGAAAGGUGGCGUAACUGCAGUUAAAAACCAAUCAUAUAAGUGUAAUUCAUGUUACGCGUGUGCAGUAACUGCAGUAAUAGAAUCAUUGUAUGCAAUCAAAUAUCAACGAUACAUUUCCAUAUCGGAAUAUGAAAUGCUUGAUUGUGAUUAUACCAACAAUGGUUGUCAGAAUGAUAUUGCAUUUCCGAAACAGUACAAAUUCUACAAAUCCGGCGUAUUACCGGGUACCAAUGAAUGCUCGAGAAUGGAGCCAAAUCAUGCAGCAGAAGUGAUCGGUUAUGGUACAGAAAAUGGAAAGGGGUGGGGGAACCAAGGAUUUUUCAAAAUCGAACGACGUGCCAAUGCUCGUCAAGUUGAAAAUUAUGCAGUAUCGGCUGGCUUAUGA